GUCACCUCGGUUCAGGCGGGCUGGUUGAAAAAGUUCUUCCGUCUGUUGUGUAACAGAAAUAACACUAAAUUAACGCGUUAACUUCGCUAUUUUAGACUCGUUUCACUCGUUGAAUCUUCGGAUUAAAGUCGAGGAUCUGAAAACUACCGACAGCUGAAGCUACUUUUGCUCACAUUAGCUCCUAACGUUGAUGUUAACCUCAUAAAAAUACUCGUAAAUGUCACAAACAAUGGAGCGACCAUCGAGGAAGACAAAGACUGUGAAUUACUGUGAAGCCAAGGAUUUUGAUGAUGAUGAGGAUUUUGCCUGUGUGAAGGCUCCACCCAGCAAAAAACCCAGGGAGGAUGUCAAACGGGAGCACAAGAAAUCAUCGAGCAAGACCUCCAGUCAGGAGUCCAACUCACAGUCCGCAGUGAGCCAGAAGAACAGAAGACCACUGGAUGAGAGACUGCAUGAAAGAGAUCUCGAAGCAGCCAUUACACUAUCCUUGCUCAAUAAUGCAGACGGGAUAAAGGACAGUCCUCCCACCAGUAAAGGAGGUGUCGAGGUUCAAGUUCCGGUAGAUGAAAACACAGAUCCAGCGACUUCGCACUUGUCCAACUGCAGUGUGGAUGGUGCAGUUUUUGGCCUCAAUGAAAUCACAUCAGAGAAGGAGGCACUUGCUCUUUCCAGGCAGAGGAAGGCUGCUGCUAAAGCCAGUGAGCAGCAGAGAAAAACCGAUGAAGAUGAAGACUAUGAGCCCAAACUGACACCAGAUUCAGAAAGUGAUGAAGAUUUUAGUGAACCAGCUGAGAGCGAAGAUGAAGAAUUCACAGUGAAGAAAGUCAGCAAAACAAAAAAGAAGGAGAAAGUAACCAAGAAUGUGAAGACCAAACAGUCUCCUCCCUCCAAAAAAGAAAAACCAGCAUCAAAACCACCAAAGUCCAAAUCGCAGGCAGCAGCUGCUUCCACACCGGUGAGAAGUCCUCCAACAGCCAAAGUUGCACCCAAAAGACCUGCUUCGUCCCCCACAGUCUCCACAUCGAAACCUGCAUCCACAUCCAAACCAGCAUUCUCUCUGAGCCCAGCAGGGGGCAAGAUACCCAAGUGGACCCCACCAGCUCAAAUUGGUAGAAGUCCCUCUUCAUCCCAGAGUCCAGCAGUGAAGUCUCCAGGUCAAGGACUGCGGCUGGGCCUGUCCCGACUUGUCCGGGUGAAACCUCUUCACCCCAGUGUUACGAGUCACUGACUGACUGAUAGCCAGUCAGUUCUUGCUGUCCUUUUAGCUUUAUCACCAAUUUUUUUAAAAGAUGCUUGUAAACAAUCAUUUUCCUUUAUUUCUGCUGCUAUAGAUUUAAAGUGAUAUGUUUUCACAUGAUGCUUUGGAAACAUAUGCAACUUUCACCUUGAGCUAUUAUUUUGCUAUAUAUAGUAAAAAGCUCAUGUAACAGUCAAAUGUGUGCUUUGUGGACUCAAUUGUCACAUUGUUAUUAGUACAGGUUAAUGUGUCUAUAGAUUUUCAGAUUGUUUGAUCCCCCACAUCUCACAUUCAGGAAGCGCUAUGGUUGGUAAGACUGGCAUUUAAUUGUUUGUUUGUUUUUUAAACCAGGCUCAUCAUUUUCUCCCCUUUCUCUUAUUGUGUGCAAAUACUGUAUAUUAUGUACAUAUAUAAAAUAAAAUAAAAUGUAAAAGCAGUUUAACUUUGUGUCUCCUAGAGGUAUAAAAUGUUAUGAUUUUAAAAUUGGCAUGAGCUGCUGAUGUAAAUAGGAAGAACGAUGAA